AUGGCGAGUUAUACAACAACUACAGAUGUACAAAAAAGUGGUCAAGCACCGAUUGAUUUAAUUGACGAAAUUGUACGACCUAAGAGAUUUCCACCGUUAAUAUUAAAUGGCCACUGGUUAAAAGAUGGGAAUGCAACCUUAUUUAAUGACGGCUCAACAGUGAAGAUUUUUUUGAAUGGUGAUAGGAUCCCAUCGACGGUGUUUGGUGGUCCGCUCGUAAACGACGAAUACGAGUUUUAUAACGCACACUUUCACUGGGGAGAGGACGAUUGUAGGGGCGCUGAGCACACGAUCAAUGGUACUUGGUUUUCCAUGGAAAGCCACAUAGUGCAUUGGAACCGAAAAUAUCUCACUUUUGAAGAAUGUUUAAGACACCGAGAUGGUCUUUGCGUGUUGGCCUAUUUAUUUUUGGUCCAACCGGGAUCUUGUCAAUGGAAUAACGUCAGGUUUGAUAAAAUCUCCGAAAAUUUGCAAUAUGUUCAGAAUGCUGGCUCAGAAAUAAAAAUUCCAUCAAAUUCUUUAUCUUGGAUGAGAAUAGCAACAAAUUGUCCAAAUUAUUAUACUUACUUGGGAUCCUACAAUACAGAUACUGAUGAGCAUAGUAACGAAACGGUUAGAUUCAUACAACAAUUAGCUAAAACUGAUGGCAAAUUGGAAUCACCAAUUAAUUUGAAUAUCAGUUAUAUGAAAGUCGUGAAAUUGAAUCCUGUACAAUGGCUCAAUUACAAUGUCAUGCCAAAGAAAAUGAAACUCACGAACAGCGGCUACACUGUGAUUCUUAGUGCAACAUGGCAUGCAGAAGAGCCGUAUUUGUGUGAUGGCCCAUUCGUCGGUAAUUAUAUUUUUUCGCAGCUCCAUUUCCAUUGGGGUAAAACCGAUAUGAACGGUAGCGAACAUUAUGUCGACGGUGGAAGCAUGCCAAUGGAAUUGCACGCGGUGCAUUAUAAAAGUGAUUACGAGACUCAAGUAGCAGCUCUUCGUCAAAAUGGUGGAAUUACUAUUCUAGUAUAUUUAUUUCAGCUUCAGGUAUCUCCUAAUCCACUUUUGGAUGAUAUCGUGAAAGCAUUACCCUUUAUCCAGACGGCUCACUCUUCCGUUCGUUUAGUGCCUUUUCCCAUAACAAAUAUUAUGCGAUGCUUUCAACAUGAUUACUUCGUGUAUUGGGGCUCUAUAACAAUGACAAAUAUCAAAAAUAGCAUACUUUGGCUAAUAAACAGAGAACCAUUAGGAAUAUCCAUCGAGCAAAUCGCGGAGUUUCGCACACUAUACGACGAACAUAGAAUGCCAAUUUUGACAAAUUGUCACCCAUUGAAAGAUAGAGGUGAUAGAAACGUUUUCCAUGUAUGUCCUAGUGGAUCCAUGUAUGCAACACUUCGACGCAUUCCACAUAAUUCUAGUGAUUCAUCUAUUGUUCAAGACGACAUCGAUGAUAAACAAUGAUGAAAUACUAUAUUAUAUAAUUAUAAUAUAUAUAGAUAUAUAUAGAUAUAUUAUUAUAAGAGAGACACACAUAGAUUUCUCUUAUAAAUUCGUUAUUACAAUUAUUUAUAAAUAUAGAGUGCAAGAUCCCUCAUAACAUGCUUUUGUUUAAUUUAUUUUACUUUUAGUCUUGUAAAGUUUUGCAAAGUAUUCUUUAGUUU